AUGGAGGGAAAUCCGGAAACCACCAAUAACGCGUCUGACAGAACACCUAUCGACGGUCCUCCAGCAAAAAGAGCAAAGCUUGACGACUCAGCCAAUCCCGAAGCCAACGCACCGGCACCCACCGAGCGAAAGCGGGGUAUAGCUCCCAUCAAAGCAGAAUAUAUUGUGAACCACAAUGGCGACCAGCGUGACGCUUCGACUUCGGUACAAGACGACGACACGGCCGAGGGCGCUGCCCACCAGGAGCGCGGAGAGGGAAAGGACGCAAAAUACAAGCGCAAGGGAAAGAACUCUGGUCAAAAUACCGGACGCAAAUUCGGCAGGUCGAGAGACGAAAAAGGCCUUUGCUCCUCGAGGGCUAACCAUCCCGAAUUCUCGCCAUCCGAGUGCAACUACGGCGCCAAGUGCAAAUUUGAACAUGAUAUUCGGGUGUACUUGAAGGAGCACAAGCGUGAAGACCUACACACGUUCGAUGACGUUUGCCCCGUUUGGCAGGUUCGGGGAACGUGCCCCUCUGGGUGGAAAUGCCGUUUUGUUUCUUCCCAUAUGACCGAGCGAGACACCCCCGAUGGCAGACGCGAGCUGGUGCUAGUCGAAGACGAAGAGCGCAAACAGAAACCACAGCCCUCGGUGUCCGUCGCAAACGAGGAUGGAUUGGUGAACGUGGUAUCUACAGAGGCCAAAGACUCGCUGAAAAAGAGAAAUCAUAAAACGCCCAGAGCCGACGAAUACGCCUCUUGGAUUGAGCUAAAUACAAAGGAACUCGACAAGCACCUUCAUGGUGGGAAUAAGCAUGAUAACCAGGAUGCUGCAAACAAUGAACAAUCUACAAACCCCGAAGAAGCGCAGGAAGAGAACCGAGCUCAGUACACUGAACCUCCCUUUCUACCGUCUGAGAAAAGGAGAAUCUACUUCGGUCCAGAAACCCCUGCUCUUGCUCCACUGACGACCCAGGGAAACUUGCCAUUCCGCAGACUCUGCACGGAUCUAGGUGCGCAGUUCACGUACUCGGAGAUGGCGAUGAGCAUGCCACUGCUGCAAGGACAAAAAGGCGAAUGGGCACUUAUGAGGGCCCACCAAUCGGAAAUGGCACCUCCAACACUAUCUUCCAAAGCAAAUGUUGUUCAGGGUUACGACCAUUCCCGCGAUUUUAAGUUUGGCGCUCAGAUCGCGGUCAACAAGCCGCAAUACGCAGUCAAAACCGCCGAAGUCUUGACCGCACUGGCCCCGAGUCUCCGCGUCAUCGAUCUCAACUGUGGAUGUCCGAUUGAUUUGGUCUAUCGUGAAGGUUCUGGGUCUGCUCUGCUUGAUUCACCUGGUAAGCUAGAGAAGAUUCUACGUGGCAUGAACGCCGUAUCGGGGGAGAUUCCCAUAACAGUCAAAAUCCGCAUGGGCACGAAAGAUAAUCAGCCUACUGCGCUCAAAUUGGUCGAGCGGUUGACUUUGGGUGGUUCUGACGCUCAAACCACGGGCAUUGGUCCGCCUGGCAUCGCAGCAAUUACUCUUCACGGUCGUAGCAGACAACAAAGAUACAGCAGAAGUGCAGACUGGGGUUACAUCUCUGAAUGCGCAGCCCUUGUCAAGAGACUUCGUGAGCAGUCAGACGAGCUCGCGGACACUGUUCGAGAACCUGAUGAGCGCCAGCAGCCAAACGGGGGCAAGGUGUACUUCCUUGGAAACGGUGAUUGCUUCUCGCACGAAGACUACAACGACCAUGUUCAAAACGCCAAUGUCGAUACCGUGAUGGUUGCCCGUGGUGCUUUGAUUAAACCUUGGGUCUUUGAAGAAAUCCAGGCAGGCCAGUACCUUGACAAGACCGCAUCGGAACGCCUGUCGCUGGUUGAAAAGUUUGCCCGAUAUGGAAUGGACACAUGGGGCUCUGAUGAGCAUGGUUUGGGCACCACACGACGCUUCUUGCUUGAAUGGCUAAGCUUUGCCUAUCGCUAUGUGCCCGUCGGCAUCUUGGACUACCUCCCACCCAGAAUCCAGGAUAGACCGCCGGCGUUCAGAGGCAGAACUGAACUUGAGACUCUCCUCGCGAGCGACAAUUACAAGGAUUGGAUCAAAAUAACCGAGAUGUUCCUUGGACCAGCUCAUCCAGACUUCAGGUUUGCGCCAAAACACAAGAGCAAUGCACAUCAGAACACGCAUGUAAUGUCCAUAGAUCUCAACUGGGAGGCCGCAACCUCUGGGCCCGAUGGCGAAGAGCUUGCGGAGCGAAUCCGCUCCUUCAUCCACGACAAGUUCCAGCAAGUUCCUCUACCACGCUUCAUCCGCUCUGUCCAAGUUCACUCCUUUGAAUUUGGCGAUAUCGCGCCGGAGCUCGAGAUAAAAGACCUGUGCGAUCCGUUUCCUGAUUUCUACGAGGAAGACGAUGACGACGGUAGCACCACCACCUCGGAUACCUCGUCCAGCGACGCGGCGAAUCGGCGCAGUAUGACGAGCCAUGCGGGCACCUCCACAGAAGGGUUUGAUGGGUAUACAGGGCCUUCGGAAUUUACGGCGCGAUCUUCUACGUUGGAUCUCCGGCAUCAGGCAUCCCUACGCUCGCCAAUUGGGUUGGGCGAUCAUCUCAACUCGCAGUUCAGGUCGGGGUCUCCGAGUAUUCUGCCGGGAGGGACGUCGAAUCUGGGAUAUCAUUUAAUGCUGGGGAACUUGUCUGGAGCUCAAACUCCGCUGGCUGCUGUUGCCAGCGGCUCGCCGUUUCACCCUGGAUGGCCGGAUGCCAUGGGCGACACUCGCAGCAUGGCGGAUUCGACAGCAUAUGGUGGCGGCAGAGGAGGAGCUGGUGUGCGCCGGAACUCGGAGAUCGAAGUUGAUAACCACUCGCCAUCUCGACCGUCGACGGCGAAUACAAACCCAACCCACUUCUCGCAGGGACCAAGUAUCGAAGGCAAUUCCUCGACUGUCACGAGCAACGACCCCACUGUCAUUUACAACGACCAUGCGUCUUCUUCGACGGCGCACACCACCACUCAUGCUACUCGCGACGACCAUCCCCCUUCUAUCAUGGACGAACCUCACGAACCCCCGCAGCAUAUACGGGAGCGCCGCCCGGAGGAUUUCCAAGUUAUAUGCCGCGUCAAGUACGCCGGGGAUGUGAAACUUUCCCUAACAGCCGAAAUCCUGCUCGACUACCCCAUGCCGAGCUUUGCGGGCCUCCCGCUGAAACUGAACAUCACGGGCGUCACUUUUGACGGUAUCGCUGUCGUAGCCUAUAUCCGGCGACGAGCCCAUUUGUGCUUUUUGUCGCCAGAGGACGCAGAUGCUUUCGACGAAGAGGAACAACCCCGUCCUGCCGCUAGCGAUGAUGGCGAGAGCCAGAUCCCGACACGACGGCGCUUCGGUAGUUUGCUUCAGCAGAUACGUGUGGAUAGCGAAAUCGGCCGCAACGAGAGCGGCAAGCAAGUCCUCAAGAAUGUGGGCAAGGUCGAGCGGUUUGUGCUUGAUCAAGUCCGCCGUAUAUUCGAGGAUGAGUUUGUUUUUCCCAGCUUCUGGACGUUUCUUGUAUAA